AUGGGUUGUUGUUAAGGAAAUCCUUAUGGUAUUAUAUUAUAACCAUAAUUUAGAUAUGAACUAAGUGAAUGAAUCAGUAAAAGAAUUAACUGAAUAUUAAUAACCAGAAUAUAAAGCAAAUAUUGUAGAUUUGAAUAAUAAGGUAAAGUAGAUGGAACAAGUGCAGGAAAGAAUUCAAGAUGCAGAACAAACCCCUAAAAAAGAAACCAAUUAUUCUUAAGAAAUGAAAAGUGGCAAAAAGGAAGACAAUCAAGAAACAAGGUCUCUUGUUCAACAAUAAGGAUAAGAAAAACAAUGGAUCAUUAAAUAGACAAUGUUUGUCAGGAUUAAUUCUAAAAAGAAUGUCAGUGAAUUUUAUACAAUUAAAGAGAUGAUUGGAUAAGGAGGUUUUGGAAAAGUUUAUAAGGUAGUUCAUCGAUAAACAGGUUUUAUUUUAUUUAUUAAGGAUAGGAAUGAUUAGAGCUAUGAAAUUAAUAUUAAAAUCAAAAUUGAAGAAAGAAGAUUAAGAAAAAUUAUUAGAAGAAACCAGUAUAUUGAUGGAUAUUGAUCAUCCCAAUAUAGUUAAAUUAUAUGAAAUGUAUUAAGAUGAUAAUUCCUAUUUUUUAAUAAGUGAAUAUUGUGAUGGUAAAUCUUUAAAAAAUUUCAUAUGAAAGGUGGUGAACUAUUCGAAAAAAUCAAAUUUGUUCAAAUUUUAACAGAAAAAGAAAUUGCAUCUUAUAUGAAAUAAAUAUUAUCAGCUGUUUCCUAUUGUCAUUCCAAAGGGAUAGUUCAUAGAGAUUUAAAACCAGAAAAUAUUUUGUUUGAUUCCAAAAAUUAAGGAGGAGCCUUAAAAAUUAUAGAUUUUGGUGCUAGUGCCAAAUUAGUAAAUGAUGAAAAACUUAAUAAGAGAAUUGGAACAGUAUUUAAGAUAUCUUAUUUAUUAAGCCUUUUUAUGUUGCUCCAGAAGUUUUGAAUGGAAGUUAUGAUCAAAAAUGUGAUAUAUGGUCAUUAGGUGUUUUGCUCUAUAUAUUACUUUGUGGAUAUCCUCCAUUUUUUGGUCAUAGUGAAGGAGAAGUAUUGGCUAAAGUGAGAAAAGGUACAUAUCAAUUUGACAGUAAUGAUUGGUCUAGAGUUUCUAUGCAAGCUAAAGAUUUAAUAAGAAGGAUGCUUUUUUAUGAUCCAUCAGCUAGAAUAAGUGCCUCUGAAGCUUAAUAACAUGCUUGGAUUUCAAAUAAUAAAGCUAAAGGUUAAGUCAACAAUUUAAGUUUAAAGAGAUUAUAAGAUUUUGAUUCUAAGAAUAAGUUGAAGUAUGCCAUCCUUUAAUUUAUUACUGUUUAAGUAGUAUCAAGUCAAGAGAAAGAUGAUCUUCUUAAAAUUUUUCAAGAUAUUGAUAGAAAUGGUGAUGGAACAGUCAGCAAAGAAGAAUUACUUGCUGGUAUAUUUAUUCAUUAAUAUUAGCUUAUAUGAAGAUUUAUAAGGGAGAUAAAUUAGCAGCUUAGCAUAUUGUAGAAGAACUAUUUCCUUAACUUGAUGCGAAUAAAUCUGGCAAAGUGGAUUUUAGUGAGUUUGUAACUGCUUCUAUUAAUAGAGAUAGAACUUUAAGCAAAAAGAAAAUUGAAUAAUCAUUUAAAUUAUUUGAUUUAGAUGGCAAUGGGUAUAUUACAAAAUAAGAAAUAAAUGAGUUAUUUGGAAAUGAAAUAGAUGAAAAAAUGUGGGAAGAUAUUCUUAAGGAUUGUGAUAUAAAUAAAGAUGGAAUGGUUUAUAUUAUUAUUAUAAUUUAGAUCUCAUUAAAUGAAUUUAUAACAUUAUUGGAAUCUAAAAUAUAACUAAACACAAAACUAUCAUGA